ACGAGCCAAGAAUUGUUGGAAUCGGAGCACAUAUGAAGAAGUUACGAAGAAAUGUUUGAUGGAUUUGUUACAACACAUUGGAACUGCAGCAUUUGGGGUUUGGAGGCCAACCUGGUACAGUGUGAAUUUUGUCUUGCCAGGCUGGCUGAACCUGAGGAUGGGGAGUCAAGACUUUGACUCUUGUCAUGUUCUUGACCAUGGGCCUCCAGGAUAAGGAGGACUCUGGUGGAGGUGAUACUUCAGUCCAAGGAGGCAGCUCAACCCAAGAUUCUGGCAUUGCAGCGCAAAGGGGAGCGCAUACAAGCCAGGGGUCACUGCUUAAGGAGGUGCUGAAGAGCUUCACCAUUGAGAACUUGGAGCUGAACCAGAGGCAUCACAUCAUGCAUCUGCUACCGGAAAUUGAUUGUGGGCCCAAGGCAUGGGCAGUGCUCAAGGACCUGCACGCUCCGACAUCGGUUGCCGCUUCUCUCAUGCUGGAUCGGGAGCUGUCCAUGCUGCGGUUGAGCGAGAAUGAACCUGUGCAGCCCGUACUGGACAAGAUGAGGGAACUCUACGCGAAAUUGGCGAUUGCAGGCAUCACGUACCCUGAGCAGACUAACGGGGGCGUGGUGGCGCUGGUGCAAGAGGAAGAGGUGGUCACUCCAACAAUGACAACAGUGAACCACGCUUGAGAGGAGAGUGCUGGUAUUGCAAGGAAGAAGGGCAUCCAUGAGGAAUGGGAAAUGAGGAGAGGAAUGCUGGACAGUUCUACCAUGUGUGUGACAAAGAUGACAGUGGCACAGCUGUUGCAAGGGCUGGAGAGGAACUGCACCCGCUUGACAUGUGGGUCAUGGACUCUGGUGCUGCAUGGACAAUGACACCACG